AUGCAGUCUGAAGAAGGAUCAGGUAGCACGCGAACCAUUGGUGAAGCUCAGCUACUGUUCUGGGUUCAGGACAACAUCAUUCGCGCGCUUGAGGCAGGGGUCAGCUCUCCUGCCCGCACGCAAGAGCAGGUUCUGCAAAAUCUGCUAAUGAUAGAGGCGAUGCUGCGAGAGGAGAUAGGACACGUCGAUCAAGUCGAGGUGAUGGAAGUCUAUCAAGGAAGACGAGAAGCGAUCGCCACUAUCCUUCUUGCACUCUACCAGCUUUACUGCAAGAGAUGCACCACUGAAGUGAAACGCGUUCGCGUGCGAUCAAGAAAAGGUAUCAAGCCGCAUGAUACCAGUAUUAGCCGACAGGCGGAGCCGGCAUGGGACGAGGCGGCAGAAGGGAGUGCACUGAGCUUACCGGCGAGUUUCGCAUCCUCCCUUGGCUCUGACCAGACGCCUGCUAAGAUUCUUGCUCAUGCUCGCUGGUCGACGUCAUGGCUUGCUGCAUGCUCGCCAAAGUUUCAGAGGUCCUUAUGUCCUCCUUCCAUCAUGACCCUGUGGGAUCACGUGAAAGAUGAUGUUCACCGCGAUCACUUCAACUUGCAGAGCAUGCAGGGCAGUGACUUGCAAGCUGUGUGGGGGGAGGGCCGCUGGUUCUCCCGAGCCUGCAUGUCGGCAGCUCUAUACGCCGUCUUGCUUCACUCGCUCGGGGAAGAUGUUGAUGUCAGUGAGGCUGAAGAUCGAGGAAAGCUGAGGCUCGUGGUCAACCACUUGCAGGCUUGCGGUGUCAAGGUGAAGCUGGUCGCGCACGCCGACGUUGAGGAAGAAGAAGUAUACAAGUCUGCGGGGGCUCAUGCGGCGAUCCUGGACGGAGUCGCGAUGAUUUUCAUCCGAUCGUUCCUGUCAGUCGAGCAGAUCCACCAGCAAACGGUUUCACUGUGGAAGAAUUUCACAGAGAACCACCCGCAGGAGGCGAGCAGGAGUGAAUUUCGAGCUGAGAAACCUUUGGACCUUGAAGACGCGCUUGCCAUGUGGAUGUCUUGUGAAUUGCAACUCUGCAGACAUUCAAACCUCCCGGUAGUCCGCCAGCUGUUCGACCAGCUGUUCAACUCCAACACUUCGAGCACCGUUGAGGAGCUUCAGAUGGACAUCAGCGACGGCAAAGCUCUUCUUCUUGUCUUGUCGUCUCAUGCUCCUGACCUGGUCACGUCGGCAUUACCUUCUGACAUGCUCGCAAGAGGUGAAGAGGAGGGAGGAGGAGCUGCCGGGCGGUCGACAAGGACCAAGUCUCUUCUUGUCCUUGCCUCCCUCAAGGUCUGUGCGAAGCUGCAGCUUCUGUCUAGCAGCGUCUUUGAUAAUGUGAACACGCAUGCUCCUCCUCACCUGCAUGUUCUCCUGCAAGCGCCAGACCUUGUGUUCGUCUCCUCCGCCAUGAAGCCGCUGGUUCUUCUUUUCCUUUCGCUCCUCCAUGUGAAGCUCUCGGGAAAUCGACAGGCGGAGGGGAAGAAUGAGUCAGCAGCAGGGCCCUCAGACAGCGGCAGAAAGACGCAAGAUGAGCUUCUGCUAGGAAGCACUAUCGGGGGAUCGAACUUGGUCUUGCAGCCCCUGCAGAUGUCAAACUCGUUGCGAACGCCGCACAAGCAGUUGACGUCUGCGAUUGAGAGUGUCAGCAACAGCUCUCAGAGUCAGAGCUCUCCUGCCAGCCUGCGAGGCGCGGGAGGUAGCGGAUCUUCUCCCUCCUCCCAGCAGAGGACCAGCAGCGGGUUGUCGGAAGUUCUCAUUAUCCAGAGCCCGACGCAGAGCGAGCAAUCGGAGCCCUCAGCCUCUCCCAGCUACCUUGACGAGUCAUCCUCCUCCCCUUUGCCCGCUCCCACCUGGCGCACGUCAUCUCCCUAUCUGCUCGCUGGUGGAGAGCAGCAGGAGAAGUCAAGCGGCGCUCUCGAUCAAUCGGGAGGAAGCUCGAGAGCUGGAGGAGUUGCUCCGGUUGAGCUGGAGGAGCAGCUUAAACAGCAGCAGGACGAGAAUGUGAACGUCAGGAAUCAACAGAAAGAAGAGGAGGAACAGGAGCGGGGACAGGAACAGGAACAGGAGGAGUCUGGAAAUGGGCAGGAGAAUGCAAAAGAGGAGGAGGAGGAGGAGGAGGAGGAGGAGGAUCAACAGGAUGGGGAAGAAAGGUUGGAAGAAGCGAAGCUGAUUGCCAGAAGAGAGACUUGGUCGCCUCGACUUGAUCUCAGCAGAAAAUCAGACGGGGGGGAGCAAGUGGUGCAAAUGAGAGCCAGCGAGGAAGGAGGACACGAGGAGCCUGAAAUAAUGCGACAAAGUUGGAAGAUCGAGGAGUUUUCAAAUGAGCAAUGUGAUGACACAGAGAAAGAGUUGCCGUCACUGUCUACUUCCCUCAGCUCAUCGUUCAAAAGUUCGAGAUUGGCGUCUCAAGACUCGAGCUCUGACGUGCGAGACCUGAUGCGUGCACAAACGUUCAACCAACACAAGACUGACGGAGGUCAAGAUGAAAGUAGAAACCAUGACGACGAUCGUGAUUUUGACAACAAACAUUAUGAUGGUGGUGAUGAAAAUGUUUCUUUGGUUCGAGAUGGUGGAGAUUCGACAAUUGACAAGCAAAGAGAUACGACGAAUGUGUUGGAUGAUAAUUACCUUUAUGUCCAAGAAGACAGCAUACGACAAGACGAGGAGACCUCAAAGGGUCUCCGUACCAGCAGAAUCGGUGGAGAGGAGGAUGUUGCAGAUGAAGGACAGGAAGAAAGCAACAUUAGAAGUGACAUGAAGGAGACUCUUGAGACUUCAGGGCCUACAGUACAGGAUGAAGCAGCUGAUUUGACGCCACCGAGCCGUCAUCCUCCUAGGGAGCAACACGCAUAUGACGAUAGCGCGAGGAUCUCAGGGAGCCUGGAAGGCAAGGUUUGUUCCGUUGCUUUUGACGAUGAUCGGCGACAUGGUGAGAAGCAUGUGUGUGUCUCAUCAGAACAAGAGGAGGAGGAGAUGGAUCAAGCUCAAGAUAACGAGAAUGAUGUUGAUACACUUGGCAACGUCCCUACCACGUUCGAAGCUGUGCAGGAAAUCCAGACAAUACAAGAUGAAGAUGAAAAGAAGAAAGUUUCUGCACUUUCGAGAGAGCUAGUCGUAGCUGAUGACCUUCAAGGGCUUGAUGGUGAAGGCAAAGAGACAAGUCAAGUUGACUCUUGUGCGGACAUAUCAGCGGAUGUUCAUCAGGAAGGGAAGGACGAGGGCAACGACUCGCUGCUGUCGGUUUGGAAUUCGCAGGGCAACAUCUUGAAGGACCUUCAGCUCACUCGACUGUCCCUGCGCUUGUCCGAGGCUCCUCGCGAUGUUCCGCGGACUUUCGAGGAUGUAAGAGAAGAAGGCGAAGUAGAAUCGAGCGAGUCACCUGCCGUCCUGCCGCCUUCCGACACUCUUGCGACCAUGGACGGAGAGGAAGGAGGAUCAUACAGCGAUGAAGGACAGGAGCAAGAUGAAGCGCUUGUAAAUGAGGAGGAGGUAGACGACGGUGAUCAAGGCCGUAAGGAGAGCGCUGGAAAAAUUGCGGAGGAACAAGUUACGACGAAGGCGGAAGAAGAAGAUGAGGAGGAAGAAUUGAACUAUCAAGGCCUUGAUACAGAAGUGCAAGAAAUGGUCAAGGAGGAGGAGAAUGAGGAGGAGGAGGAGGAGGAGGAGGAGCAGGAGGAGGAGCAGGAGCAGGAGCAGGAGCAGGAGCAGCAGCAGCUUGAAGUGCCUGUGGAGCUAUUCGACGAGGGCAAAGGAGGGAAUGGAGAGGAAAUGGACGAGGGUGACAGAUUGCUUCAUCAGGGUACUCCUAGGGAAGAGAGAGAUUCCGUGACAGAGGAAGAGGAGGAGGCGGAGGAGUCGCAAGUCAGGGAGAUGGAGAUUGAAAGUCAUUCUCGUAGAGACCUGACGACGGAGGACUGGCAAGCAAGUCUUCACGUCGAGGAGGGGGAGGACGAGGAGGAGGAGAUAGUGAAGAAGGAGGACACGGAGGAAGAAAUGGAGGAGCAGGAGGAGCAGGAGGAGGAUAGGCAGCGAGUGCUCUCCUCGUAUGGACGGCUUGCUACGGAUGUGUCAGGAGGUGCCGGCAUGGAGCAGAAGCAUCGAGCUGAGGAGGGAGAUGCGAUGCUGAGCAAGCAAGGAAACGCUCCUCAGACCCCAGAGAUCAAGAAGCGACAUGUUGGCGCAGUCAGGGAGACCAAGAGGCAGCAAGAGUCUUGGAUCGGCGAGUAUCGGAACGAUACUGUCGCUCGUCCAUCCACCGCUCCCGGGAAAGUUUCUUCAGCACACAAUGGGGCAGAACAGGCGCAAAGAGACAUCGAGAGAUCUCGAGCUGCAGCUGAAAAGGAGCGAGCAGAGCUGCGCAAGAGGAUAGGACGAGAAGCCUUCCAGCUCCUGCUGGGCAUGCAAGAGGAGGCCGGCCAAGAUGUGCGGGAGGCGCAGCAGGAGAGUCGCUGCCUUGAUGAUGAGCGAGAGUGCGAGGAGAUGGAGGCAGGGGAGGAGGAGAAGGCAGGGGAGGAGGAGAGAAGAGGAAUCGUCCCAGAUGCAUUCGUCACAUCAAAGCGAAAUCGUUUCCUGUCGCUGAGCUCCAUCCGUGAAGAGCGUGAAGGACACAGGGAGGAUGAGCUUGUGUCGGAGGAGAGAGGAGGAGCAGGCUCGCGUCAGUUGUCGGAAAGGAAACAAGCUUGGUCGCAAGAGAUUCUCCUCCCUCCCCAACCUCGAGAUCAGGAUGAAAUCGACAAGUCAAGACGCCUCCAUCGGCUCUGCAGCCCUGCCACGUGCUCCCAAUGUUACGGAGCCGUUGAUGGGGAGCCUUCGAGAUCUGAGCGAGGGGAGGAGGAGGCGACUGAGAGCGAUAGCGUGGAGGAACGCAGGCUGCAGAAGUUCCUUGCGCUGAGGAGGAGGAGGGAGGAGGACGCGCAGAUGAGAAAGCAGAGCUCGAUGACCAACAGCUCGGGCCCGUCGGUCGUGGAGCACAAGAAGCGCGAUGCUGUCCUCGGCCUGCUGGACUCCUGUGGCAGCGAGACCGCAAACUUCUGCAUCCUCCUCGUGCGAGACCCAAAUCUCCGAUACAGGUUGAGAUAA